AUGGAUGAUACACAUGUCAGCACAUCUGAUGAUUCGGUAAUCACACUGGAUAAUUCUAAACAAUCCAACUGGUUUAUAUGCAAAGAAGAUAAAACUGAUGAAAAUAUAACAACGUAUGAAAAGCAAAAUCACAUACGUCAACGAUUAGCUGGCGAAAACUAUUCAAAUACACAACCAAAUGUCCCAUUAUUGUACAAUGGACCAUAUUCUUAUUCUGAUCCUAAAGAGAAACAUGACAUGAUUCAAGGGAUCAAUAAGACAAGUAUAUCUAGAACUCCAUCAUCACUACAGAGCAAAUCUCAAAUGCUACGAAAAUCUAAUUGGAAUAGUGCGUUAUUCUAUUUUAAUCCAUCUGGACGUAUAGUUCAUUCAUGGUGUGGUGUUAUCAGCAUUGUAUUUAUGUAUCAUUUGUGGGUUAUCAUCUAUAGGUUUGCAUUUAAUGAGAUCAAUCAACAAACAGUUAUAUUCUGGUUAACUUUAGAUUAUUUCGCUGAUUUGUUAUAUUUAAUUGAUAUGACUAUAUCGUUAAGAACUGGUUUCCUAGAAGAUGGUGUUAUGCAAUUCGAUGGAAUGAAAAUGCGUUCACACUACCUAAAUUCAUCACGUUUUUAUAUCGAUUGUUUAAGUUUACUUCCACUGGACUUUUUAUAUUUAUCCAUUGGUUUUAAAUCUAUUUUACGUAUAUUCCGAUUAUGUAAAGUGUACAAAUUUUGGCAAUUUAUGGAUAGAGCUGAACGACAUACAAAUUAUCCUAAUUUAAUGCGAUCAACUAAAUUACUAUUGUAUUAUUUAACAUUUUUACAUUGGAAUGCAUGCGUUUUUCAGCUGAUUAACUCAACUGCGGACAGUUUGUUCAUGACAUCUUUGACACAGUCGCCAACCUCAGGAACAACUAUGACUGACGGAUCAAGAACAAACAUUCCAAACUUGGGCGCUACCCACACCAACCACCAUACUAACAAUAUUAAUAAUAGUCAUCGUAAUAACAGUAACCAGAACAUUAAUCAUACCAGUAACCGUAGUAAUCUCAGUGACAAUGUUAUAAAUAAUGGUAGUUCCUUACUACUAAGAAGUAAUCAUUCAUUAAGCAAUAUUGAUAAUGAAACCGUUUUUUCGACAACAACAUCUGCUACAGUAACAUUCGCUAAUACUGAUGUAGGUUCUCUAAUAACAAUGUCGCCAAAAUUGCAUUUAUUUAAUAAAAUACAAUUAACUCCAGAUCAUCAUGAUGGAUAUGAAUAUUUGCAUGCAUUUUAUUGGAGUAUGUUAAGUUUAUUUCCUGUUGGUGGAUUUCCAACACCAAAAUGUCCUAUAGCCUAUUUCUAUCUAAUUUGCGAAGGUGUUAUUGGAAUGUUUCUAAUGGCAACUGUUCUUGGCCAUGUUAGUAAUAUUGUAACAAAUGUUAGUGCUGCUCAAAAAGAAUUUCAAGCACGGCUUGAUAGUGUGAAAAACUAUAUGACAUUAAGAAGGGUACCAGCAUCAUUACAAGAACGUGUAAUAAAUUGGUUUGAUUUUCUUUGGUAUACAAAUAAAAUUACAGACGAAGAAAAGGUUCUACGAAAUCUGCCGUAUAAAUUAAAAGCUGAAAUAGCUAUUCACGUGCAUUUGAAUACAUUAAAACAAGUGGAAAUAUUUCAAGAUACUGAAGAAGGAUUUUUAUCAGAACUUGUAUUAAAACUACGUGUUGUAUUGUUCGCACCAGGUGAUUAUGUAUGCCGUAAAGGUGAAAUUGGUAAGCAAAUGUAUAUUGUGAAUCGUGGAAAAUUACAUGUUUUAGGUGAUGAUGGGCAUACAGUUUUAGCUACAUUACACGCUGGAAGCUAUUUCGGUGAAUUAUCUAUUCUAAAUCUGGGUAAUAAUGGUAAUAGACGUACAGCAUCAGUACGUUCUCUAGGAUAUUCUGAUUUGUUCUGCUUGUCUAAAUCUGAUCUUUGGAAAGUACUUAAAGAGUAUCCAAAUGCAAGAAGUAAACUUGAAGCUGAUGCUUAUAGAAAAAUAAAUCAAUAUCAGAAUAUUCCACAGCAAAAUAUGAAAGAUUUUCCAAUCAAAUCUAUUCCAUUUGAGAGGAAAGUUAUGAAUUCAACAGAUCCCAUGAACUACACUGGAUAUUCUGCACCUGCUCUUGACAACACACACCUUCGUAAUAAUAAUCCAACAAUUAGUCAGAACAGUCAUUCUCAAUUAGACAUGAAUUCAAAUAAUGAGUGCUUAGUACGUGUUUCCAACAGUGAUGGGUCGGAUGGUUAUGGCAGUGACCCAAGUCGUUGCUCAGCCUUUCUGCCUACACCGCAACGAUCCCCUACUCCAUCGGCCAUUAUGGUAAUGAACAAUUCUGAUAAAACUCAUAUAGCUUCAAAUCAUGCACCAUUUCCACAGCCUAAUCCGACAAUCUUCAACGUAACGAGUCAAAGUCAGCCUGUUUAUGAGAAUCGAUCGAGUUCAGUGCCGACAACAGUAAGUGAUAGCCUAGGAAAUUUUACAGCAUUAUGUUCUAAUGAAAACGAACAGGUUUGUAAUUGUUUAAUAGCCGAAUCAAAUAAAUGUCCCCGAUUAAAAUCAUAUCAGAAUAAUCCAGUCCCAUUUGGAAAACAGCGUCAUCUAUCAAUGCCAACAAAUCUGUUUCCUACUGAUGAUUCUUUUUAUCAUCCGAAUAGUAAUCAAUUAAAGGAUUCUAACGUGAAAUCUACACCUAUAGCAUUACAUAGUGGUGUCAUGAUUACGGAUUUUCAUUCAAAUCAAUGGAAAGAAAUGGAAAACGAAAAGUUUUUACGUAAAUAUUGUCAUUUUGACUGUUCCAUGAAAGGAAAACAAACAGUAAAUUCAAAUUUGGAUAAUUCAAAUCAUGAUGGUACAGUAAAUGGAAAAAGAGUGAUACCAAUUAUUUGUUUUGAAAAAGCUUCUACACCAUCUAUUUCAGAAGCAACAAUUUCCGAAGAUGAACAAGAAUUUCAAGCUGUUUACGAGCAUACUUCACAACCUUCAUCAUCACCAUGUAUUAAUAAAACUCUCUCUUAUUCAUCUUCUAUGCCUGCACCAGAGCCAACACAUGGAAAAUAUUGUACUCAUUUAAAAAUACCAAAACAUAAAACACCUAAUUGGACAGCUAGACGACCUCCAUGGCCUUAUAAAACUUGUUCACAUCAUUAUAAACCACCAGGUAUAUUUAAAACAGGUCAUAUUUCUAAUCAUUCAAUAGAAGAUAAUUCAAUUUUUAAUAUUAUACAUGGUUACAAACAUAAUAAAACUAAUCAUGAAUUAAUUGAACAUUUAAGUCAUCUCAUAUAUCGAAUUAAUAAAUUAGAAAAUGAAAAUUACUUUUUACAAAAUAGUUUAUUUAAUCAAUCGAAUUCAAUAAUGAUACAACAACAACAACAACAACAUCAAAUACAACCAUCAUUGCCACAACAAAAAUGGUCACCUACAGUAAAUUUAACACGUAAAUAUAGUCUACCAAUAAAAUCAACUAAUCUAUAUCAACAUUAUCAAGAUUAUUUAAAAAUACCAGAUAAUAUACAGAUCAAUGAUCAGAGAUCUAUUGAAUAUGAUCAUUCAAAAGAUUUAAAAUUUAAUAUAUCUCAAUCAAAUAUGCAUAAAAAUGAAGAAAAUUUAAUAGAUGAAUCAAAUAUAAACAACAAUAAUAAUUGUCCAGUAUUUACUCUUGAUUAAAAAAGAAACAUAAAUAUAAAAUGAAAAAUUAAAAAAAAAUAAAUAAGAAUAAUAAUUCCAUUUAUUCUAACUUAGUGUUUUUCCAUUACCAAACACACACACACACAAGAACCCAAAAUAAAAAUUCAUUUAACAUGUCUAGACAGGAAAUUCAAUCUGAUUAAUCAAUAUUAAUCUUCUUUAUCUCUUUCUUUUUU